AUGCCAAGAUCAGAUUUGGAUAACCAAAGAUAUUUUUUCUCACUGUUUAUUAUGCUAGGUAUUUUGGUCAGGGAUAGAGUAUCGAAUGUUGAAUUGUCAAAAAUCACAAGGAGCAUCAAGAAAAUUAUACGAGUGUCAAAAUUACCUGUUGACAUUUAUGUCUCUAUGACAAUGAACAAUAUCUCACCUUCUAUAAUAGAAGCUAUUUCUAGAAAUUUAUCAUCAAGAUACUUACUAAAUAGCCAGCAUAAGGCCUUAUCAAUUAGCCAACAUAAAGUCUCACUGACAAUUUGGACAUGGUAG